UGUCAAUUUAUAUUAACCCACUGCUAUUGGCGAAGUUAAUGGUCUGUUUAUUUUUACUUAAAAAGUCAACAGCAACAAAGCAUCAUUCUUGACACCAAGAGCACAUGACCAGGAGAGGUUCUUUUGAAAAAGCAGCAAUAAAAAUGGGGAAGUAGUCCUAUACUGUUAAUAUAACACCACGAUUAAUAUAUUAUCAAGAUUAAAUGAUUCCAUCUAACUGUAAUGCCCUGGAUAAGAUUUUUACUGCUGUGUUGUAGGAAUUUCAUUUUAGCAGUUUGUUCUGCUUUCAGCCUGUUUGAGCUAAGAUAAAGGGCUUUGUUGCUGAACUUCGAAAUGUGGUGUGAGCCAAUCAGGACGGUGAAAUUGGGAGAAGCUUCUAGAGAACACUAGGCAGAGAGGUUUUGAGACGGACACUGGUGUGGGUCGAGGUCUUUUUGGCGGGAGCUGGGAGAAGACAGGAGGGAAGAUGGGCGAGGAUGCCAUCCCUGUUGCACAGGGUGCUUUGUGCAGAUGAAUGACAUCAAGGAGGAAGGGCCAGUACUCCCAUGGGAGAGCUUGUUUGUUCAAGAUGGAUUUUGAGUGACAUUUGGAAGAACAGGGCAGCCUAGCUCAGUAGAAGAUGAAGCAAGGGACAAAAUCACUGUCUUUACCAGAAUUCUUGACCGAUUACUGGAUGGCUACGACAACCGACUAAGACCAGGAUUAGGAGAGAGAAUAACGGAAGUGAAGACAGACAUCUACGUAACCAGCUUUGGACCUGUUUCAGACACCGACAUGGAAUAUACAAUUGAUGUGUUCUUUCGACAAAGAUGGAAAGAUGAAAGGCUUAAGUUUCAGGGUCCAAUGAAUAUUCUUCGAUUGAACAAUUUGAUGGCCAGUAAGAUAUGGACACCAGACACAUUCUUUUAUAAUGGCAAGAAAUCGGUGGCACAUAAUAUGACCAUGCCAAACAAGCUUCUCCGGAUCCAAGAUGAUGGAACCCUUCUUUAUACAAUGAGGCUUACUGUCCAAGCAGAGUGCCCAAUGCAUCUAGAGGAUUUUCCAAUGGAUGCACAUGCUUGCCCCUUGAAAUUUGGAAGCUAUGCCUAUACCCGCUCAGAGGUGAAUUACAACUGGACUGAUGGACCAGGAAAAUCUGUGGUUGUUGCAGAAGAUGGUUCUCGCCUGAACCAGUAUGAUUUACUAGGACAGACUGUAGGAGAAGAGCUUAUUCGGUCCAGCACAGGUGAAUAUAAAGUCAUGACAACAUAUUUCCACCUGAAAAGAAAAAUCGGGUACUUUGUGAUCCAAACCUAUCUGCCGUGCAUCAUGACUGUCAUACUCUCUCAAGUGUCAUUCUGGCUGAACAGAGAGUCAGUGCCUGCAAGGACUGUCUUUGGAGUGACAACAGUGCUUACAAUGACAACUUUGAGUAUCAGUGCUCGAAACUCUCUUCCUAAAGUUGCUUAUGCAACCGCCAUGGACUGGUUUAUUGCAGUCUGCUAUGCAUUUGUGUUUUCUGCACUAAUAGAAUUUGCCACAGUGAACUAUUUUACAAAGAGAGGCUGGGCUUGGGAUGGCAAAAGUGUUGUGAAUGAUAAGAAGAAAAAGAAGGCUUCUGUAAUGAAGAAAAAUAAUGCAUAUGCAGUGGCAGUUGCCAAUUAUGCACCUAAUAUCACUAAGGACUCAGUAUUGCCAACGAUUGCAAAGAGUGCAACUGCAGAGCCAAAAGAGGCCAAACCAGAGACCAAACCACAAGAGGCCAAGAAAACAUUUAACAGCGUAAGCAAAAUUGAUAGAAUGUCCAGGAUAAUGUUUCCAGUUUUAUUUGGGACUUUCAAUUUAGUGUACUGGGCUACAUAUUUAAACAGAGAACCUGUUAUUAAAGAGAUAAAGAAUGAUGCCACAAAAUAAUCAUUGAUGCAUUUUAAGGCAUGUGGAAUUUCUAACAGAUGAUGAUGCCAAAUACAACCGGUAAUUGCUAAUCUAUGUACUUUGGUAUGUUUUUAACAAUAAGCUUUUACUUUGUCAUGUUUCAUUCAGAGAAGACUUGCAAAAUCCAUACAACCCAUGUGUCAAUUACUUAAAAAAAAUUCAACUGCAAAGUCAGUGAAGGCACAAAUGGAUCAAGUUAUUGGACACUGAAAGAAUUAGUUAUGGCAAAGGACACAGAUCAUUUUAAUAGAGGACAGUAACCUGGCUAAGUGGAGCAUUCAUUUGCUGUAGAACCUGCAGGAUUUUUAUUUCAUUGUGAUCAGCGGACAACAAAUCUUGGAGGCUUUUGCUUUGGGUCUGUCAUCAUUCAGCCAAGUUACUGUCCACGUACAGGUUUGAAAUCUGUUUCCAUAACAUGUGAUGGAAAAAGCUUGGGGUUUUAAUUUCAAACACACAACUGUUUACAAGGUUUUGCAUUGCAGAUACAUAAAAUCAAAGGAGUUCAUAUGUUAGCACUUAUUGGUUGAAUUAAACAAUUAGGUUACACUCCUAUGAUUUUUUUAUGUAAUACCACAUGUUAUAUAAAAAGUGUUGAUGGUUGAAAGUAGUAUCUAGUGAUUUUUAAUUUCCUGUGUCUAGUACACAAUUUACAUUGGUUUCAGUGCAAAACUUUAAAUUGUAAAAAAAAUGUUUCUAUAUCGUGCAAGAGAUGCUUUAUGUUUAAAGAUACACAAAAGCUAGGUUUCUCAAAAAAAUCUUAUAACACAACUUUAAUGUUUACUUUAUUGUAUUUCUUCCACAUUUGUUUUGUGCUACCAUUUUGGUUUUAAUGUUGAAUAUGACGCAUGUGAUUUGGGGAUUUGCAUGAUGAUACCGGUACCAAGGUCACAAAGCAGAUUUUGUGACUAACCCAACAAUGGCAUCAUACAAUGCACAGAAAAUAUUGCCUCAGUAAACACAUUAACACCUCUGAAAUCCAUUUUAUCUUCUGAACCAACUUUAACAAUGCAGAACCUUGAGGGAUACAAUAAAGAAAAAUGAACCCAAAGCUGUGUUUGAUAGAUUUUCUUCCAUAAAGUCAAGAUUGUGAAAAAAGUUUAAAAAUUAGAGGAUUUCAAUUUAAGUAACAAAAUAAUUUUCUCCUAGAGUCAUUUUAAAAUACUAGAAUGACUGCAAUUCUUAAAAGUUAACAACCUGCCAAAUUGUAAAUAUGAACAGUGAAUGCCAUUUACUUCUCUGUGUGUUUUUUUUAAAUUAACUAACAAGUGGAUUAAAUGAGGUAAACUGUUGGCAAGUUAUGGGUUUUGCAGAAUGGCUUUGUCAUUGACAGAGAUUCUUUUAAGGAUGGUGGAAGAUUGAUGGACCAAUUUUACUCAGGACUGGUAGCUGGUUAUGACGGGGCUGGAGCUGUAGAUGUUAUCAAAUCAUAGAGAAGCAUAGAUACAUACAGCACAGAGACAGGCCGUCCAGCUCAUCUGUGUCUGUGUUGGCCAUAAAGUACCUAUCUAUACUAAUCCCACUGCUCAGGAUUAGCCCAAAUCCUUUGCUGCCGUGACAUUAAUAAAUAAUUAGUAAUUACUGCCUGGUUCAAGAUUCAGGAUGAGUUUCCAUUUGCUAUUUUUCUGCCCAUUUUAUGCUAGCUAAAAACAAUUGUCCUCAUCAUCACUCCACUAAUAAUCUUCAAUAUCAAUGGAAACCUUAAUAAUUACUCCGUCUGCAAUCACAUCCAUAUUGUUUAUACACAUAAGUGACAAACAAAAAGACCAAGGGUCUCAAGAUCAAGCCCCUCAGUUACCCGGAUUUCAAUCACAAAAACAACCCCUCUUCCCCACCCCCCCCCCCCCCCACCAGCUGUCAACCUUCUAUCUUACCAUUUAAAACAAUCUCCCAUGUAGAACCUUAUCAAAGGGCACACUGAAAUCAAUUUAGACUACAUCACUGCACUACCUUCAUUGACACUCUUUGUCAACUCUUCAAAAAAAUGUUCACUAACGUUUGUGGACAGGAUCUCCCAUUAAUAAAAUGGUGCUGACUAUUUUUGAUCAAAUCCAGAUUGUUCAAGUGCAAAGUAAGACCAUCAAAUUUUUUUCCAUUAUGUUUCCUUAUCAGCUUAUAAAUACCUGCCUUUUCCCUGCUGAUCUGAAGAGAGGUAGAGAGCCCACUGGCUGUCCUCCAGUCAUAUGGAACUCUUCAGUGGAUGGAGGAGGAUUGAAUAUUUCUGUUAAAAUCCCCGCAAUCUCCUCCAUAUGGCUGGUUGGAGUGCGAGAAUCCUCAAUCCCAGAUUUAAUUUGCUUUGCACAACAGGAUUCCAAAUGGUCUUUGCAAUAAAUUUGCAAAUUUCCCCCAUCUUUUUUGUGUGCCUAGACUCAGAUUACUGGUACAGCUACUCAGUAAAACAAGGUGGAGCAUUAACAGUAGAACAGCCAUUAUGGCUCAAUUUUCCAUUUGGCGCUGGUAAUAGGAUCGAGAGUCAUAUUUUUAAAGAAGUCGGUAUUAGGUAUGCAUCCAGAACACCCAAGUAACAUUGAAAUUCAGUGCCGUUUUGGUGCAAGGAAAGUGUUAAAAGAGUUUCAGAAGUUUUAAUUCCAAAGGUAUUGAAUUAAAUUCUACCUGCCCCUUAUCCAAUCAGAGUAUCAGAUUUAGAAAGAGGAUAGAAGCUGCUGAGGAUGUAGUUGGAGUAAGUGGCUCUCUCAUUCUUCAGGAUUUUAGACCACAAUGGUGUUAUGUUAAGUGAAGAAAAUUAAAACUUUGGACAAAGACCUAUGAAAGAA